UAUCUACCCAUUGCAUUAUCUCCUUUUCUGGUUUCGUUUUUAUCUCACAUGAAAAGCAGUUAGUGCACAAUAACGGUCACUUCUGAUCAGCGUCUCUCUUUCUCUCCAUUUUGCAUUCUCCAUCUUCACUCCAAAGCAAUACUUUCUUCUGCUCUUCCAUCAAGCCAGACCAGGUUUGUCUUGAAUGUCUUAAAUGUGAAAAGAAAUGGACAAGGUUUACGAAGAGCUCGAUGAAGCAAAAGCAGAAAUAGAAGAACUGAAGGCAGAACUUAGAACCAAGACAGAUUUGCUUGAGAACUUGAAGAAAUCCCAUAAUGCACAGAUCAAACAGAUACAGGAAGCAAAGUGCAAAGCUGAGAAGCUGGACCAAAAGCUGCUUCAACAGGAAGAUGAGAUCUCUGAGACAAAGCUAGAAUGUGAAGAUCUCAAAGGGAAUUUGAAUAGAAAGGAGACAAUAAUCAAACAUCUCAGUGCUGCAAAUGAUAAACUUCGAGCGGAUUGUGAUGACAAGUUGAAAAAGUUGGAAGAAGAAAAAAGAGGGCUGGUGUUGGCCUUAGAGGAGGCAAAUGAGAAGACACAGAACCAGGAACAACAGAUUUAUAUGUGCAAACAAGAUAUUGAAAGACUGAAAGGUUGCCUUUUGGUUUCAAAGGAGAAGUGUUUGGAAUCAGAGAAAAAAAACAGAGUAUCCAAAGAACUAAGAGAAAGAGAUGACAUGCUCCAGAAAUUAGAGGAGGAAAGCAGGAAGGUGGAAGAUCAAUUAAAAUGGAAGAAGGAACAGUUUAAGCAUCUAGAAGAAGCACAUGAUAGACUUCGACUGCAGUUUAAGUCUUGCAAGAAGGAGUGGGAGAUGGAACAAUGUACAUUGAUAGAUGAGAUUUCUUCACUUCAGACAAGGUUAGACUCUCAGACCAGAAUAUCAGAGGAUUUACAACACCAGAUACACACUUGCCACCAAGCUCUUGCUCAUGUAGAAAGCCAGAAAAAGCGGCUGGAAGUUGAAGUUUCUAAUCUUAAGGUGCAGCUUGACGAUGCUAGUAAUGAGUACCAGGAUUCUAGGUUACAACUAGAUUGCUUAAACACUGACCGUGACAAAGAUAUUGCGGAUUUGAGAUAUUUGCUAAAAACAAAAGAGGCAUAUAAUAAAGAGUCAAAAUACAGAAUUGAUAAGCUAGAGCAAGAAAAUCAAGAGCUGCGGAUGUCCCUCAAAGAACUCCAGGAAGCUCAAAUUCAAGAGGCAGGAGCUUCAUAUUCGCAGUCAAAGUUACGGUCCAGGCUCAGAAGUUUGGAACACACUCAUAGAGAGUGUUCCUCUAAUUUAAAGGCUAAAGAAGCUGAGUGGAACUUGAUGCUAAAACAGUUGACAGAAGACCUGAAUAGGUGUCAAUCUGAGUUGGAAACGAAAAUUGAAGCAGUUGAAGGCCUCCAGAUGGAACUAGAAAGGUCUCAUUCUUUAUCCAUUGAGAUGAAGUUGUUGAAUGAGGAGAUGUCUGUGAUGCUGUUAGUGUUGAAACAGGGAAUUUCUGAGGCUCAUUUGAAGCAUGUUAGUGGUAAGGAUGAGAUGGACCUCAUCAACGAAGCGAGAGAAGAGGAGAUUUUUCAACUGAUGAAACAGUUGGAGAUGAAAGAUGCUGCUUUGAUGAGUGCCCAGAAAAGCCUAAAUGAAGAACGUGAGAUAGCAGCAUGUUUUAGAGAGGGUGAGUGUAAUGGAUUCAACAAUGAACUACUGCAAACUGAACUGGAUAGGCACAAGGUUUUGCAAAAUGAACUGCAAACUGAACUGGAUAGGCACAAGGUCUUGCAAAAUGAACUGCAAAAUGAGCUGGAGGAAUCAACCACGAGUCAGCUGAUUCUCAAAGAGAAGGUUUUGCAUAUGGAAUGUAACUUUAAAGAACAGCUUAAAGAGGUUCAUGAUGCUUUAGACAGUGUAAUCAUUGAAUUGGAUGAGACAAUAUGUGAAAGAAAUGAAGUGGAAUUUGAAUUGCAAAUAUGGAAGCCAAUUGUUGAGCGCUUGAAGAAUGAACUAGAAGAAAAUCAUGUGGUGCGUAGAGAACUGGAAACUUCACUUCUUGUACAAGUAGACUUUGGCGAAAGCCUCAAGCAAGAGAAAGACAACUUGGUUUAUAUGUUAGAAGAGAAAGAGAGGAGCCUAAAUUAUCUGCAACAACAAGUUGAGCUAUUGGAACAUGAACUAAGAGCGAGGGAGGAAUCAGCAGGGUCCUUUGAAUCUGAUAAUGUCAGAUAUCUCCAGAUGAUAGCGGAAAAGGACAAGAUUCUAGAAGAGCUCCAGAAAGAAUUUGAAAAAACUGUGAUUGAGAAAGGCACAAUAGAAAGAACCUUUGAGGAUGAGAAAAAUAAUCUUGUCCUGCUUAUGAAAGGAAAAGACAAGAGAAUGGAUGAACUUAUGCAGCAAGUGGAGCAAUUGAGUGCUAAACAAGCCAAAGUAAUGGAGUUGAAUGAUGAAAUGGUGACUAAGCUAAGAAAUUCAGAUUCUUUGCUUCAGAAACUCAAGAUGGAGAAUGGAAAAUUGCUUGAAAAUGCUACGGGACUGUCAUCAGAAAGGGAAAGCUUGUUAGCUUUUAUUCAGGGAUUCAGUGACAAAAUCAAUGAGUUAUCUGCUGAAGACACUCUAUUAAUGGACAUGUUGAGAAGCAUGGUGCAGUCUUUUGAGAAUGGUUGUCCAGUAAUGAAUUUGAAAACAGAUGGUGCUUUUCACGUAAAGGAGAAUAUAUUUAUUCAGUCUCCCACGAGAAUGAAGAAACUUGAAGCCAAUUCUGAUACUAGAUCACCAUUCAAGGAGCUAAAUUUGUUAGAAGAAUAGGAAUGUGUUUGUAUUUUCAGCAAAAAAAGGUCAUCAUGAUCAUUCUUUGUCUUGUAUUUCCGACAAAAAGAUCAUGCAGUUACUUGACCAUUCUUUGGAUUGUAUAUGGCAUUUAUUUAUUUGUAUUUCCUUCUUUGUUUACCCUUUUUUUUUCUCAAUACAGAUGUUCGUU